GGUUUGUCCUCAGUGUGAAUGUUGGUCUGUGUGGGAAUGUUUAUGUGUGUGAUUGUUUGAGGCUGUUUGGGUGAGUGAAUGUGGAGUGUCAGCGUGCGUGUGUCUUUCUAAAAACCUACACAGUGAUCUUAUUUGAUCUGAUCAGAGUUUAGCUCCGCUCUGAACAGAGAUGAUAGGAAAAACCGCUCUCGAGCCUCCGCGGCGAUGAGCAGCCGGCGAGAUUCAACCUUUCGGGGCCUCCACGCUUCGUGCUGUGGUCAGAAGUGAUGAUUCGAUCAGAUAUACUAGUUCUGGGGCAGAGUUUAUCUGCAGCUGUCGUCUGCUCAUAGUCAGUGGCACCUCUUCCCACACUCGUCUGCAGAUGGAUGAUAUUAAACAGAAGCUGAGACUGAAGCAGAUGGAGGAAGAAGACCUCCAGAAGUGAGUCAGCGAUGCCAGAUGAAUCAUCGAUGACUCGACGGCAGAACUUGCCAAAGCUGGCGACCGACCAGACGUGACCCCAAAGAUCAAUCAGUCGAUCGGAGGCGCAUCCAGAGCCCAGAUUAAAGGAGAGAAGUUUGACUUGUGCGAGGAGGAGAGCGACUUCUCUGUUUAAAAAAAUGUAUUCCUCAGAUCGAUGUGAGGCGUCUCCGCUUUGCUGUAGAAAACCACGUCUCCCUCCAGAACCUGUGGGUGUUUGUCUUUCAGCAUGAAAACGACAUAAAAAGAUUCAUGAUUGAGGUCUGUGACAGGAAGAUCAUGAAGAUGAAGUCCGUUGUAGUUUGAGCCACAGUAAAGUCAACGAGCAGAAGAGAACUUCACCUUAAAGAGGGCAUUUUACUGCCACAAUAUAAUCUGGAGGAACUCUGCAGUGAACCAGUCCUGUGGAUGCUGAAGAGAAACAACAGCAGAUGAAGCAGAGAGAAGCCACACCUCCAGCAGCACCUGAGGGUUCAGGUCGACCCUCCGAUCCUCCAUCAGUUCAGCUCCGACAGCAGCCAGGAUGCAGCGAGGCCUCAUCACACACCUCAGCCACUUUGUGCUGGGGCUGGUUUUGGCACAAGCUUCUGCGGAUUUGCCCAUGUGCAAAGAGUCAGAUUAUCACUUUGAGUACACAGAGUGUGACGUACUCGGGUCGAGAUGGAGGGUGGCGGUUCCCAACAAAGCCGACACGUGCACGGGCCUCCCAGAUCCAGUCAAAGGCACCCAGUGCACCUUCUCCUGUAGCAAUGGGGAGUUCCUUGACAUGCAGUCGCAGCAGUGCCAGAAAUGCGCUGCAGGCACCUACUCCCUGGGCACCGGCGUGGCUUUUGACGAGUGGGACGACCUGCCGGCAGGUUUUGUCACUCAGGGGAUGACAAUGAACGAGGGGAACGCCCACACAGACUGCUCCAACUCGACCUGGACACCAAAAGGUGACUACGUAGCAUCAAACACAGACGAGUGCACUGCAAUGCUGUCCUACGCUGUGAGCCUGAAGAAACCUGGAGUUCUGGCCUUUGAGUAUUUCUACCCUGAUAACAGCAUCUACUUUGAGUUUUUUAUUCAGAACGAUCAGUGUCAGUCUACAGACUCUGAAAGUCGAUGGAUGAAGAUCUCAGACAACAACUGGAGCCAACACAGGGUAGAGCUGAAUAAAGGCAACAACGUGCUGUACUGGCGAACCACAACAUAUGCUCUGCAGGGAAGUGCAGUCAAACCUGUGCUGUUGAGAAACAUUCGGAUCUCAGGGGUGGCCUACACGUCAGAGUGUUUCCACUGUAAACCCGGCACCCACAGCGCUGAACAAGGCUCUGCCCACUGCUCUCCCUGCCCUGCUGAUACCUUCUCCAACAAGGGUGCCACUGUUUGCCAUGAGUGUGAAAAAGACAAAUAUGCAGAGGCUGGUUCAGGAAGCUGCAAACCAAGACCUGCAUGUACAAACAGCGACUACUUCUACACCCACACUCCCUGCGACUCUGAGGGAAAGACUCAGCUCAUGUACAAGUGGAUUGAGCCCAAGAUCUGCAGCGAGACGGUUGAAGGAGCAGUGAAGCUUCCUGCGUCAGGGGAGAAGCAAACCUGUCCGCCUUGUAACCCGGGUUUCUUUGUCUCUAACUCCACCUGUGAGCCCUGCACCAAUGGUUCCUUCUCAAAUGGAACAGUUUGUACCAAGUGUCCUGUUGGCACGGAGCCGGUGGUGGGAUUCGAGUACAAGUGGUGGAACAAGAUGCCGACCAACAUGAGGAGCUCCGUCUUCCAUCAAGAGUUCAGCGAGUCCGAUCAUAAUACAGCCUGGGAGGUGGCUGGAGAAUACAUCUACACAACCCCUGGGAAUCAGGACACUGACUUCCUGAUGCUCACACUCAGUGUCCCUGGAUACAGGCUGCCUCAGUCAGCAGUGAAAGACAGUGAAAGGAGUGAACUGUCUCGCAUCACCUUCGUCUUUGAGACCAAGUGUACAGCUGACUGCAGAUUUUACUUCUUGGCGGGUUACAAUCAGUGGAACAACGAAGUGGUGGAGCAUUGGACGGGCAGCAACAGAAAACAGUCGUACUCCUACGUGAUCCAGAGCAACAGCACCGUCGGCUUCACCUGGACUUUUCAACGAACGCAGGAGUUAAAAGUGGAGAAGAAGUUCAGCGCUGAUGUUGCAAAGAUCUACUCCAUCUCCAUCACCAAUGUGAUCGGAGGUGUGGCUUCGCAGUGUCGCCGCUGCCCUCUGAUGUCCGUUAAGGCCGGUUCCGCCUGUGUUCCGUGUCCACCGGGUCACUACAUGGUCAACGGGUCGGGAGCGUGUCAGAGCUGCCUGCCAAACACCUUCAUCAGGGCCGAUCAGCCGGUCGGAGAGGCUGCAUGUAUUCAAUGUGGACCAAACACAAAGACUAACAAGGCCCACACAGCUUGUCUCAGCGACUGUACGUUGGCUGUGCAGACGAGAGGAGGAUCUCUGCAGCGCUACAACUUCUCUCCUCUGGCCAACGUCACGGGUUUCCACAGCAGCCCUCGGUUCACCAUCAAAGGCCUGAGAUACUUCCAGCGCUUCAGUGUGGGUCUGUGUGGGACAGAGAGCAGAAUCCCGGCUUCCUGCGUGGACAACGUCACUCAGAGUGGGAGGGAGGUCAGAGGUUACGUCUGCCAGUCCACUGUGGUUCCCUCUGACAUCAGGAGUCAGAGCGUCGUGUCCUCGCAGCCUUUCCUCGUCGGUGACUCACUCAUCGGUGCGACCACAAAGACGACCCUGGAUUCCAUCUCUUCUCCAGACUCGUUGUUCCCCGCAGCAUCCGGCCUGCCAGAUGUUAUAUUCUACUACAAGUCUAGUGAUACGACUCAGGCUUGUAAAAAAGGCAGAUCGGCCGCCAUCAGACUGAGAUGCAAUCCCUCAGUGACUGCUAAAGACCACAUCACACUGCCAAGUAACUGUUCAGAGGGGACGUGUGAUGGUUGCACUUUCCACUUUCUGUGGCAGAGCCAGCAUGCAUGUCCACUCUGCACCAAAAACCACUACAGAGAGAUUGUCAGUGCUUGUAUCCAGGGAAUACAGAGAACCACCUAUGUGUGGCAGCACCCUCUGCAGUGUUACGGAGGAGAAUCGCUGCCAGCACAAAAAGUCAGCGCUUGUGUGACUCUGGAUUUCUGGCUCAAGUUUGGUGUUUCCACAGGAACGAUCGCUGCUGUGCUUCUCAUCAGUAUCAGCUGUUAUUUCUGGAAAAAGACACGCAAGCUGCAGUAUAAGUACUCCAAGCUGAUGAUGAGCUCUGGGGGUAAAGAGUGUGAGCUGCCCGCUGUGGACAGCUGUGCGAUAAUGGAGGGAGAGGAUGCAGAGGAUGAUCUCAUGGACCUCACCAAGAAAUCCUUCUUCACCAAAAUUAAGUCUUUCUCACGAGAGAGGACAGCAGAUGGAUUCGACUCGGUCCCACUUAAAUCAUCGUCUUCACACCAGCUACGAGAGGAGGAAGACUCUGAUGAAGCUUAAAGCAGAAGAUGAGCGGAUCUUUCUGUCAAAGCACAGAGGAAGUGCUCAGUUUUUUUUAACGUCAGUGCAGCUCUGAGGCUGCUGAGGGUAUUUCAUUUAUUACUAAAGAUAUUAGUCUCACUGAUGGAGGUCUUAGGAUCAUGAAAAUUGUGGUAUAAAUGAUUUGCCAUAUGUUACGCUGACAAGCCUGAUAUUAAAAUACAGUAUUAGUCUCCAUAUUGGGGAAAUACUGUAUUUUCAAAGCCCAAAAUGUUUUUCAAAAAGAUCUAGAACAUAAACUGUGGGUCAAGUUACACUUUUUUUGUGAAUGUGUCAAGCAUAACCGUGAGUGUGUAUAUAUCUUUUAUUCUUUUCUAUUUGUUUUUGUUAGGGUACCUUUUAAAAAAUAAAAAUUAGAGCAGCCAUUCAGUUUUCAUGAAUGAUAUUUUACAGUAUGUGAAUUUUCUUGCCAAAGCUGUUCUCUUUUCUAUCAUUAUGGCAUGAUCGUGCUUUAUUGUGAAGACAUUUUCUAAAUUAAAUAAACAACAAAAUGUUCAACUGGA